AUGAUGAUAUCUACUGCAAGGUACAACUACUACCACCAGUAUGCUCAGCAGGACUUCACCCUGCUAGAUCAACGUCUCGGCACCCUCGAGGAGUUGAGGGCCUUAACGCAAGCGGCCCACGAUCGGGGCAUGUACGUGCUGAUUGACGUAGUCAUGAACCACAUGGGCAAUGAGUUCUUCUUCGAGGGUCAUCAGACCGACACGGCUCCCUUCCGAUUCCACGAGAACCAUGGUCUCCGGGAGUACAGGCUAAUUACGCGCCGUGCUGCGAGCGAGCUCUACGACACUCCGGCUGGAAAACAGCCCUACAUGGACUUCUACUUUAACAACACUUGGGUUGAAGAGGCGAAGUAUGCAAGCCCGUUCUACGGACAAUACGGCGAAGCCGCGUGGGAUCAGGGCCAAGGGACUUAUGACGGAUCAGACUUCCACCACAACGGUGACCUGCAGAACUAUGCAGACCCCUGGGAAAUUAAUGUUGCCAAGAUCUAUGGCACCAUGGACGACUUGAGGCUGGAGCACAGCCGCGUUCAGGACGUUCUGAGUGCCACGGUCCCCCCUCUGAACGAUGGUCUUCACAACCAGAAAUCCUGGGAGGACAAAUACAUUGCCAUGACGCAAGCCCUCAUCCAAAGUGCCGACGUGGAUGGCUUCCGAGUAGACACUCCGAUGCAGGUCCCCUUGCCUUUCUACAAGCGCUGGGCACCAGCGAUCCGAAGCUUCGCGAAAUCGCUGGGGAAGGAUCGCUUCGGGCUCUUUGGGGAGUUCUAUGUCACCACGGAGAGGUAUGCCACCAUGACAGGCCGCGGGAAGGACAACGGUAUGUACGGCCAAGACCGCUUCAUAGCUGGCGAAGCCACACUGAAAGGCGGAAUCGUGUAUCCGUACUAUUGGUACACCUUUACAGCUUUGGUGUACCGAAGGCCGCAGUACGCAGAUGGUUUUGCAUUGGCUUACGAGCAGGAGAACCGGAUGAUCGAUACCUUCGAUCCAAGCACCAAUCGCUCGGAGUACGCGCAAUGGAUUUUCUGCAACAAUCACGACAACUGGCGUCUCCAGACUCUUACUGGAAAGAACCAGCUGCUCAUGUGUCUGGCUAUCAUCACCUUCUGGCCAGGGCUGCCCCUUCACUAUGCGGGAGACGAGCAGGACCUUGGUACGCCAGGGAGCGCGCUGGACGGCUGGGCGCGGGAGGAGUUGAGUCCCUCCAUCGCGUGGAGUGCAGUGAGAACGACGUCGCAAGGGAACCCAGCAGAUCGCGACAACUUCGACAUGACAUCUGCCACCUAUCGGCACAUCGCACGCCUCAACGCGCUGCGCAGGGCGUACUUCGCCGGUUUCGGGAGUGCCACCUGCGAUCAAGUCGGGACACCGCUGCCUCAAAUCGAGGACGUGAGCACAAUUCUUGGCUGGCCGGGGCUUCGCUUCUGCCGGUGUGACACAAGGGCCUGUACCGCAGUUGGGCCAGCGCGGUGUCACCAGGACCUCCUGAUUUUCUGGCGUGGAUGCGAUAUCCAAGGUGCCGACAUUUGGCGAGGAAGCUCCCAAACGAAGAGUGUGAGUGAUUGUGGGUGA